CUCCAAUUUCGAAUUGUACGAGGAACAAGGGCACAAGCUUCCACUUUUGAAAUCCUUGCAGCUUGUCACCGGAAAAACUCAAAAACAUGUACCAAACCCUCACCACAAACCCACCUGCGUUUUUACAUUCUAAGCAUAAUCCCACAUUAUCAACAGGCCCAUCAAUUUCGAAUUGCAUUUCACUUCGAUUUAAAGCAUCUGCAUCUGCCACCACCGCUUCAAGCAGAACCUCUCGAUGGUCCCUUCACGACAUGACUGCCCUCGUCACUGGCGGCACAAGAGGCAUUGGGCUUUCGAUUGUGGAGGAGUUGACUGGGCUUGGGGCAAUUGUCCAUACUUGUGCGCGGAAUGAGGAUGAGCUAAGAAAAUGCUUGAGGGAUUGGAAAGAUGAGGGUCUUCGAGUCACUGGCUCAGUAUGCGAUGUGUCGUCUCUAGCUGAUAGGGGGAAGUUAAUAGAAGAUGUGUCCUCUGUGUUCAGUGGGAAGCUCAAUAUUCUUAUAAACAAUGUUGGAACAAAUAUAAGGAAACCUAUGGUCGAUUUCACAGCUGAAGAAGUCUCAAUCCUCAUGUCGACAAAUUUUGAAUCUUCUUUCCACAUGUGCCAACUUUCAUAUCCUCUAUUGAGAGCCUCUGGAGCAGGAAGUAUUGUGUUCACCUCCUCUGUCUCUGGUUUCGUAUCACUGAAGUCUAUGUCAGUCCAUGCAGCGACCAAAGGUGCGAUUAAUCAACUUACAAAAAGUUUGGCAUGUGAGUGGGCAAAGGAUAAUAUCAGGGCUAAUGCUGUUGCACCUUGGUACAUUAGAACCUCUAUGGUUGAGAAAGUGCUCAGCAACGAAGAAUAUUUGGAAGAGGUAUACGACAGAACUCCAAUGCGACGGCUUGGGGAUCCAAUGGAGGUCUCAUCUUUGGUGGCAUUCCUUUGUCUACCGGCAUCUUCAUACAUUACUGGUCAGAUAAUCUGCGUCGAUGGGGGGAUGUCUGUAAAUGGGUUCUAUCCAAGUACUAGUCCUUAGUGUGGAACUUUAAUUUAUUGAAUGUGAAGCACUUCGCCACAAAUUUGGCGAUCUUUCCUGGGUACUAUAAACUGUCUUCAACUCUCAUUAGAAGCAUUAUCGUUCCAUUUUGUUAGUUGAAAUUUCGCAUUUCUUCCA